UUGUGUAACACUACACUACACGCUACACUAUACAGUCGUUUCGUUGUUAAGUUAUUAAGUUAUUAUUUAUUUUUUAAGUGAUAUUAAUAUUGAAGCAUAAACAUUUAAAAAAAAAAUAAGUAUUCUAUUAAUCUAUUAUGUUAUAAAGUAGGAAAAAUGAUGGAUGACAGUACCGAAGAAAACUUUUUAGUUGAUUUUCAUGACACAGAUCUGAUAAAAAAAUUGGAUAAUGUAAAACAAAUCGUCAAUGAUUUGAAUUAUGAAGGAAGUAAAGAAUCCUCUGUGCAUAAAUUAUUGCAGGAUUGUAUUGAAAUACUGAACACUAAAAAAAAUUCUAUGGAAUGUAUUGAAAAAGGAUCUUGUACAUCAAGCAGUAUAGUUAGUGAUCUUGUAUUAUAUGAAAAAGACAUAAUUGCUUUGUUUAAACAUUGUUCAGAAAGCAAUCUGAUCUAUGGAAAUUUAAUUAUGAAUGUAAAGCAAUUACUUACCGAAUUAUUCAAAACGGCAUCUGAAAUACAGAUAUUAUUUUUUAGUAUCUCAGAAAAAGUGAGAUUUGAUGUCUCAAUACCAGAUGACUCAAGCUUAUUGCUUAGAGUAUUACAGUGCAUUUGGCGUGGUGCUGAAGCAGUAUAUACUACAAGCAACAAAAUUAUGGUUUCUCAUUGGAAAGCAUAUAUUAACAUAUUAAUGAAAUAUUCUGCAAAAUUAUGUAUCAUAAUUGAUGAACCAAUCAAUUUUCUGUGCUCAGAAAUUAAAAAAACAAUUUUAUCUUUCCAGUCAAAUGAUGAAGCGUCAUUAAAAUUAUCAACAUAUAUGAUGAGUGUUUUAGUUAAGCUUUGUUCAUAUGGCCAUUUAUCAAAAUCUCAUAACAUAUUAUUAAAGUUUAUUUUAUUCUUAAAUAGCUAUUGGUUAUCUUAUACACAAGAUGCUGUCGCUGUCAAAGAUAGAUUAUCACAAUUUGUCGAUAAGUUAGUGUUGUUAUCAGAUGAUACAUUUUUAGAGAUAUUUCAGUCAAGCUGUCAAGAAAUAAUUAAUAGCAACUCUUCGAGUGAAAAGAUGUCUACUAUGCAUAUUGCAAUGCUGCUAACAAGACGUUUCUUCAGAUCUCCCUAUGGCAGCCAACAAUCUCAUCAGCUUAUAUGCAAUGUUUUUAAAUUGAUUAAAUCUUCAGAAUCUGCAAUGUGUUGUUACAAUGUAGAUAUCUACGAAGACUUACUGAUUAAUGUAACGUCCUUAAUUCUGGUGUCAGAUUACAGUUUGUUUGAAAAUGUUGAAAACAUUUUAAUUCAAAAUAUUCUCAAUACUGAGUAUUGGCCAGCCUUGUUUAGUAGUGACUUGUGGAUGAUUAUUAUGAGAUAUUUGUCACCUGAUUCAUGUAUCUUACAAUUUGCAAAAUUAGCCAAACUUUUUGAAGCAUUGAUUGUUUUUCCAUGUUUUACACAAUGUCCACAAAACAUUUAUCUUGAAAUGUUGUUGAAAAGACAUUUUUCUUUAAUUACAAAUAAAAAGCAAUUAAUGAACUGUUGUCCUCAAUUAAAAUUACCAAGUCUGAAAUCUACUAUUGGAAUACUUCAUAUUUCAACACUUUCAGAAUACAAUCAAUUAUCGGAAAUGAUAAAAAUCAUGAGUAUAUUACCAGAACAAACAAAUUAUGAACACUUAAAUAGGGAAAUAAUACAUUUAUGGAAUUGUGUUAAGGACGAAUACCCGCCAGAAUAUGUAUGUGCAUUAAUUGAAGUCAGUAUUGGUUCUGAAAAAUUACUAAAAACAAUUAUUCCAAAGAUUAUUAAAAUAUUGAGUAGCUGUUCUUAUGAUGAUACUACAGAAAUGAAGCGAUGCAGGCUACGCUUGAUCCGAUCAAUAUUAUUGCAUAUGCCACGGUUUCAAGAAAAACUAAUAAUGGAAAUUUUUCUUCAAUACUUAUUUGAUCAUCAUCCAUUAGUACAACAAUGGACCAUUGAAACUAUAGUGUAUUUUUCUAGUGUUACUGAAAGUCACAAUAACUUAAUUUCUAUGAUUUUUAAACAACCUGAAGUUAGAACUAUUAUAAAAGAUUAUUUGGAAAUGAAAAUCAAUCAUACUUAUAGUCAUGAUGAUUUCAUACAAUAUUUCGAACAAUUGUCCUUGUGUGGAAAAUUUCAACACAUGUGUACAUUUAAUGGUAAAUUAGAUAAAGUAUUAGAUACAUUAAGAACAGAUAUUGACUGUUUGAAUGAUAUUGUGAGCAAAACUCAAAUAACAGCAGAUGAGUUAGAAAGAUUAAAACAAUGUUCAUCUCUUUUAAAUAAUAUUUGUGAGGCAAUAAAAUUUAAUACUAAAGAUUUUUAAUGUGUCAAGUUAAAUGUUAACUUAAAUCAGUAUAUAG